CUGGCUGUCAUGGAGGUGGUAGGAGCUGUGCAGGCGGCAGUGGCGGCGAGUGUUUCCUGGUGAGGUCUGCUGAGACGGGAGGGGCCCAGUAACACCGCAGAAAGAUUUGUAACAAGCACAGCCUGUGCUUGGUCAGGACCCUGUUCACAAUCUUCAUGUUGCCCCAUCUAGAUGAAACUGGGGACACUGUUUGGGCUGUGUGUUUCUAGUAAGGUUUUGACUCUGAAAAAGGCAGGUGUGUAUCCUUCAAAAAGCAUAGACGUACAGACUAAAUGGAUCUAAAGACAGCAGUAUUCAAUGCAGCUCGUGAUGGCAAGCUGCGGCUCCUUUCCAAGUUACUAGCAAGCAAAACAAGAGAAGAGGUAGCCCAGCUGAUGUCAGAGAAAACCAAUGGUGCUACGCCACUUCUAAUGGCAGCUCGUUACGGUCACCUUGACAUGGUAGAGUACUUGUUGGACCAUUGCUCAGCAUCGAUAGAAGUUGGUGGUUCAGUGAACUUUGAUGGUGAAACCAUUGAGGGGGCUCCGCCAUUAUGGGCAGCAUCAGCAGCUGGCCACUUGAAGGUGGUUCAGUGUCUAUUAGAUCAUGGUGCGUCUGUCAACAAUACAACUCUGACAAAUUCAACACCACUUCGAGCUGCCUGUUUUGAUGGUCACCUCGAAAUAGUAAAAUACCUUGUGGAGCACAAAGCAGACCUGGAAGUAUCAAACCGUCAUGGGCAUACAUGCUUGAUGAUCUCAUGUUACAAAGGCCACAAAGAGAUUGCCCAGUAUUUGCUUGAAAAAGGAGCUGAUGUUAACAGAAAAAGUGUCAAAGGAAACACUGCUUUGCAUGACUGUGCAGAAUCUGGAAGUUUGGAGAUCAUGAAGAUGCUUCUCAAGUAUUGUGCAAAAAUGGAAAAGGAUGGUUAUGGAAUGACUCCCCUUUUGUCAGCUAGUGUGACAGGCCACACAAAUAUCGUGGAUUUUCUGACCCAGCAUGUACAGACCAGUAAAGCUGAGCGCAUAAAUGCUCUGGAACUCCUAGGAGCAACAUUCGUGGACAAAAAGAGGGAUCUUCUUGGAGCUUUGAAGUAUUGGAAACGUGCUAUGGAAAUGAGAUACAAUGAUAGGACUAAUAUCCUGAGCAAACCUGUGCCACAAACACUAAUUAUGGCAUAUGAUUAUGCUAAAGAGGUAAACAGCUCCGAAGAGCUAGAAAAUCUUAUUGCAGACCCUGAUGAGAUGAGAAUGCAAGCACUGUUAAUUAGAGAGCGCAUUCUUGGCCCUUCUCACCCUGAUACAUCAUACUAUAUUAGAUACAGAGGUGCUGUCUAUGCAGACUCUGGAAACUUUAAGCGUUGUAUCAACUUAUGGAAAUACGCUUUGGACAUGCAGCAGAGUAACCUUGAUCCACUGAGUCCCAUGACAGCCAGCAGUUUGCUAUCAUUUGCUGAGCUUUUCUCUUUCAUGUUGCAGGAUAGGGCAAAAGGCCUGCUGGGCACUACUGUCACAUUUGAUGAUCUCAUGGGUAUACUGUGCAAAAGUGUGCUUGAAAUAGAACGGGCCAUGAAACAAAAGCAGUGUCCUCCUGAUCCAAUACAGCUGAACAAAGCCCUCUCUAUCAUUUUGCAUUUAAUUUGUUUGUUGGAGAAAGUACCUUGCAGCUCAGAACAGGAGCAUUUUAAGAAAAGGACUAUUUACAAGUUUCUUAAACUUCAGCCUAGAGGAAAGAACAACUUCAGUCCGCUUCAUCUGGCUGUUGACAAUAAUACAACAUGUGUGGGUCGCUACCCAGUUUGCAGAUUCCCUUCUCUACAAGUUACUGCUAUCCUGGUGGAAUGUGGUGCUGAUGUAAAUGUCAGAGACUGUGAUAAUAACAGUCCACUACACGUUGCUGCACUGAACAACCAUCCGGACAUCAUGAAUCUUCUUAUCAAAUCAGGUUCCCACUUUGAUGCCACAAACUCUCAUAAACAGACUGCUACUGAUUUGCUGGAUGAGAAGGAAAUAGCAAAAAAUUUAAUCCAACCCAUAAAUCAUACUACACUGCAGUGUCUUGCUGCUCGAGUAAUAGUGAAUCAUAACAUAUGCUAUGCAGGGCACAUCCCUGAGAAGCUAGAGAACUUUGUUUUGCUCCAUAGAUGAUGACAUGGGAUCACAGUGUACUGCUUUCAAAGCACGACUUGGUGAUGGUGUUUUCUUUGAGCACUGUUGUGAUACACCAGCGUUCACUUGCUCCAUCUUGCUCUUGUUGGCUAUAGCGUUGUUAGCAUCAGAUCUGCAGAGUUGGUUACCCAGUAUUUAAUAUGAAUAUGCCAUAUAAUAUAUUUUGUGGGUUAUUUAGAAAUGUUAUGCCAUAUUUAGACUCUUAAAAUUGUCUGCCAAAGGCUUGUCUCUUCUGGUCUUACUUGCUUGUUGGGUGUUUGGGUCCGAAUUGAGUAUUUUCCACAAAUGUCUUUUUACUAUAACUGUUAUGUGGAUUUUAUACAGUUGGAAGGUCAUUUUGGUUUUGGUUGUGCUUGAGCAUUUCUACUCUAUUCUUUUUCUAUGAACACAUUGCUUAACUGUACAAGCUGUAUGGACUUGUUAACAUUUGUAGUUACCAUAAGUGCUUUUAUCUUCUCUAUGCACUGGCUUAAACAUGACUGUUGUGUGUAAGCAUAUUUCUAUGCAGCUCUUCGCCAAUUUCAACUUAAAUGCCAAUUUUGUUUUGCAGUUUGUUUGGAGCUCUUUUAAGAAUGCUGUCUUCCUAGCAUGAUGAUGAAUUUUGGAGUUACUUCUCAACUCUCCAAACUUGGGUUUGACUUUUUUGACUGCUGUAGCUGAGGCUGCUUUCCUUUUGAUCCUCUGGAAAUUUGUCUUGUAUCUGUGAGAAGAGAAUCUCACUUCUCAUCAUAGUCCACUUGAACUUUAAAUCUGAAAAUGAUCUUCCAUGCAUCAUGAAGUUAGGGGAGGGAUCCUCAUUAUGUACAACUGACACCUUCCCCUUUGCACUAAUGUCUUGCUUGUGCUGGUUAUGUCACUAGAUGUGAAGUUUGUUCAGAGUUUAACCUCAAACUUGAUACAGUUUAAUGAGAAAUAGAUCAAAUGUAUGCUAUAGUUUAUUACAAGUCAACUUUACAAGAGAAACUAAAGCAUGUUGGUGGCAUGAUGCUUAUCAGUCCAGAUUUAGACAUCAUCUAAUAUAGUAUGUGGCUGUGUGCCAGCGUAUGGAAGUUCUAUAGCAAUGUCCUUUUUUCUUCAUUUUAAGUAUCUUUAUAAACACUUGCAUGAUUUUUUUCAUCUCUACUUUGCCAGCUGUAAUUAACAAAAAGCAGAAGUUCUGUUGUGUAUAUAGCUCCUAAUUAAAGCACCUAUUUUUAUAACCUUUGCACAACAGCUUAGCUUUCACAACAGAAAGGGCUCUUUCAACUUGAUAAGAAAUCUGUAAGUGAAGAUCAUAAAUGUGAGUGUGAUUCAGGUAAUUAAUACAAUUCAGCACUUUACCAUUGUUUAAUAGUGUAAUUUAUUAUGACACAUUAGCCCUGCAAAUGUCUUAAAGUGAAAUUGAUUUCUGUUGGAUAGACUACAGUUUACUUGCAAGUGCUCCAGCGUAUUUUUGACUUGAUGUUUUGUUCUGGUGGUGUGCUGUAAAUGUACCUAUGGGGCUUUUGCUGCAGAAAUUGAACAAGUUGAUUUAGGCCUUUGUCAGCGAUAUUUAGAGGUCAAAAUAGUUAAAUUUGUUCUAAUGUUUUAAGUUGAUGUUAGAAACUUUUGUUGUUGCGAAUUAAAUUGAGGAAGAAUGUAUCUUGGGAGCAUAUCAGAAUAAUUCUUCUUUGCUUUUGGGCUGUUUUGGCGUUCCUGUCACUGUACAGCAUAUAGUGCCUACUGGCUUAGCCAUUCUUCGGAAAAAUAUGGGGAUGUUUUUAAAAGCAGUGCUAUUUAUGUAUUGACACUUUCAGACUCUGUUUUGAAGCAGCUUUCACCAUUUGUUUAAUGCCACAUUUACAUUGCAUGAAAUUCUGAGAAUGAGGAAGCCCUGUUAGUUUCUCUUGCAAAUACACAGGAGUAAAAUUCUGUGCAGUUGGCUGAAUUUCUCAAAUGAAUGUAACGAUUAAAGCACAUACCAACUAA